AUGGAAAUUAUUGUUCUAGGAUUCUACGAGUGUCCAGAUCUUCAGCUGAUUUUAUUCAUGAUGUUUCUUCUCAUGUACUUGGUAGCCUUGUUAGGGAACCUCACUAUUCUUACUGUGAUAUUUACCAUCCCACAUCUCCAUACCCCUAUGUACUACUUUUUAUGCAAUCUAUCAGUCCUGGACAUUACUUUCAUAUCAACUGUUCUUCCCAAACUGUUAGAUAUAUGCUUAACUGGGAACCAAUCAAUCACCUACACAGGUUGCUUCACUCAGAUGUUUUUCACCAUCAUAUGUGUGGAUGCAGAAUAUUCCCUUUUAGCUUCCAUGGCGUAUGACCGUUACUCUGCAAUAUGUCACCCUUUACGCUACCCUUAUCUCAUGAAUGCUAGUCUUUGUGUGUAUUUGGCUCUGGUCUCAUGGUGUAUUGGAUUCAUGGAAUCCUUCAUGUUUUUAGGAAUGAUUUCACAAAAAUACUUCUGUGGACCAAGAGUCAUAAAUCAUUUGUUUUGUGAACUCAGACCACUUAUUGAGUUGUCGUGCACCGGGACACAAGACACAGACUUAGCAAUUAAGAUUACGGGGGUGCUAUUUGGAUUUGUUCCUUUUGCCUUCAUCAUAAUGAGCUACAUCUUUAUUAUAUCCUCUAUUCUGUGUAUCCGCUCCAAUGAUGGAAAGCGGAAAGCCUUCUCCACGUGCUCUUCACACCUCACAGUGGUCAUCUUGUUUUUUGUGACAAUCCUUGGCGUGUACAUGAGACCCAAGUCCACCAAUUCUAUAAAACUAGACAAGGUUUUUGCAGUUUUGUACACAUCUUGUAUUCCUAUGUUUAAUCCCAUUAUUUAUAGCCUAAGAAAUAAAGAGGUGAAGCAGGCUGUCUAUCAGAUGAGGAACCAUAUUGUGAACAAAAUGGGUCUCAUCUAA